CUCUGAUCAUGGUAAUAAGGUGGGGAGUUAUUAUUUAAGUCCAUAUGUUCAGCACAGUGCAGAACACAAGCUGUUUCCGAGGAAUCUGGACACAUGGAACCAGAAUUGGCCGUCAACGGGACUGCAGCUGUUGACGACAUACUGUGCUACGUAUCAGAUAAUGGAAGAUACAUAUUUACAAGCAAUCCUUCAGUUAUAUGUGUAUUACUUUACGCAUUCCUUGGUCUGUUGUGUGUUGUCACCAUAUGUGGAAACCUCCUAGUCAUCAUUUCCAUCAUUUACUUCAAACAGCUGCACACUCCGACAAACUACCUCAUCCUCUCUCUGGCUGUGGCCGACCUGCUUGUCGGAGUUCUGGUCUUUCCUUUCAGCAUGGCGUUCACCGUAACCUCAUGUUGGUAUCACGAAGGUUUGUUCUGCAAAGUACGAGGCUGCUUCGAUGUGACCCUGAGCACCGCCUCAAUUUUGAACCUGUGUUGUAUUUCCAUAGACAGGUACCACGCAGUGUGUCAGCCUCUCACGUAUAAAAGUAAAAUAACGAAUCGUGUUAUCGCGGGCAUGAUCCUGGUCAGCUGGGGACUUGCCGCUCUGAUCGGAAUCGGCAUCAUAGUCGCAGGCUUUAAUCAGGGGAAGUGUGAAGACAGUUGUUUAAUUGAUGCUCUAAUAUCGACCACUCUGGCGUGUAUUUUCUCCUUUUACAUCCCUGUCAUUAUAAUGCUCUGUAUCUACCUGAAGAUUUUCCUUGUUGCACAGAAACAAGUGCACAGCAUCCGCAACGUGGCUUGUCAGAGCAAAAAGUCUGGAGCAACAGUCAGUAAGAUGGAGAGGAAGGCCACAAAGACUCUGGCUACUGUUAUGGGGGUGUUUCUUCUGUGUUGGACUCCUUACUUUCUCUGCAUCAUCUUUCAGCCUUUAAUGUUUGAUGCAACACCGAUUGCUGUGAUUGAGACUCUCAAUUGGCUCACGCUGUCCAACUCAAUGCUAAAUCCAUUCAUCUAUGCGUUCUUUUACGCCUGGUUCAGGUCAGCUUUCAGAAUGAUCAUUUCAGGGAAAAUAUUCCAAGGUGAUUUUGCCAACUCCAAACUUUUUUAACCUGGUGUAUUCUAAAUUACACCAGGUUAACGCCUGAAAAAAAAAAAAACCUUUAUACGACUGGUUGGUGGGGAUUUUGGAUGUGAGGACUGUGUGAGGAGUGUCUGUGUGUAAUGGAUGAACAUAAUAUUUUCAUUCAAUUGCUGGAACAUGUGCAAUAAUCCACUCAAAAUUCAAUGAAAUGAUGAUCAGCACUUUUUCAGAAGCAAUUUUCAAUUGUGGACACUGAUUAAAACAUGUAAUGAAUAUUUGAAUAUCAGCAACAUAGCAAAUGACAUAUUGUUCACUGAAUUAAUUGUAAUGCAUUUACAACAAUAGUUAUUGUUUUGCACAGUGAAAAAGUAAAACAAAAAAUCUGUUUUACUUAUCUGAAUUAUCACCAAAUGUCAGAUAGAAAAAACUGGAGUGUACGAGAGUCGUAAACCCUAAGAUCGUUAAUUAAAGCUGAUUUACAUUAACAAUUUUUUUUUCUAGUCUAAAUAGCCCUUGCUCUUCUGUGAGUCUGUGACAUUCUUUCUCCCAUGUUCUCUGGGACUCAGGUUUAUCUUAACAUGGUGUUUUUGAAGGAUUUAGGCCACCGGUUACUAGGGCAUUAACAUAAAAAGCCAACAUGUCGAUGUCAGUGGGACAAGUUGCGUGUUGUUGUUUUUUUCCUCUCUCUCUCUGUGCACUUGUGCACAGACUAGCGCCGGGUGGGAGAGAUCUUAAUCACUUUCUGUUGUGCACUUAAAAUUACCUGGAAAUUCAAGACCUAUGUUUUAUUUUGUUUAAAUGUCUGUGAGAAAGUGCACUUUACUUUACAUAUUGACUGUUGAACCUUAAUAAAAGUUGCUCAUUGUUGUACA